CCCAGAUUCUACGGAGGGGAGGAACAGAUUCCGCCUCUGAAUGGGGAGAGUAGUGAGGAAGCUGUGCCAUCUUUACCCCUCCACGGGGGCUGUGCGGAGUCUCCAUGAGAGUAGUUGCAGGUGGUAGCCAUGUCUGUGGUGAUGGCAGUGGGAGAAGCUGCUUGGAAGCCCGGGCCUGUGCAGGAGUGACUCGCCUAUUCAAUAGAGUAACACACAGCAUCAAAUGAAAUCCACGAUACAGUAAAAGAAUAGCAAAAAUUCCCAACAAUUGGAGAAUACUCACGAGGAAAACACUGCCACAGAGCCGAUGAAGACCAUCCAAGUGUGAAUCCAUUGACUUAAAUGAGUGCAGUAAUUGUCUCUAUGAAGCAGACCUGACAUAACUUUUAAAAAUCAUCAUUUUGGAAUGCCUAAUGCAAUAGUUGACUCAGGGAAGGCCCAUCAAAAGAUGCUAAUCCAUCAGGGAGAAGAUGUGGAAACCAGGCUCCGAGAGGUUAUUGGCCUGCUGAAAUUGCUAGGAAAAGGGAGCGCUGGAGUUUGGACCAGCUAGUGUUGCUGAGGCCACUAGAAGAGCUUGGGGAAAGCAGCCGGCUUUACAAGGCAGCAUGAAGGAAGGGGACCCACGCACAGUGGCGCCUGAACCUCAUUGUGGAAUAGGAGGACUUGCUGCGGGCUCCCUCUGCUGUGGCUUCUGCUGAUGGAAAGGGGCUCCAUGCUGCUUUUCCUAAAAGCGUAACUGGCUAAAGGUCCUGGCUGGUGAUGCAAUGUGGUGUCACCAGUGGAAACGCCCUUCUGCACAUCAAAUGGAGCAGUCCUUAUGCUGGGACUAGGAGUGCUCCUUUUCAGUCCCGAGAUCAGGUAAAAACCAUGAUCUCACAAGACAUCAGUGAGAAAAAGCCAAUGGAUUUGUCUUAACAUCUACUUGGAAUAUAGAGCAGCUAUCAUUAAUGAAGAAUUUUCUCAUAAGUGAUCGUGAUCCUCAGUGCAACCUCCACUGCUCCAGGACUCAACCCAAACCCAUCUGUGCUUCAGACGGCAGGUCCUAUGAGUCCAUGUGUGAGUACCAGCGCGCCAAGUGCCGAGACCCAACCCUGGGUGUGGUACAUCGAGGUCGAUGCAAAGAUGCUGGACAGAGCAAGUGUCGCCUGGAGCGGGCUCAGGCCCUAGAGCAAGCCAAGAAGCCCCAGGAGGCGGUGUUUGUCCCAGAGUGUGGCGAGGAUGGCUCCUUUACCCAGGUGCAGUGCCACACUUACACAGGGUACUGCUGGUGUGUCACCCCGGAUGGGAAGCCCAUCAGUGGUUCUUCUGUGCAGAAUAAAACUCCUGUAUGUUCAGGUUCAGUCACUGACAAGCCCUUGAGCCAGGGUAACUCAGGACGGAAAGAUGACGGGUCUAAGCCAACGCCCACAGCAGAGACUCAGCCGGUGUUCGACGGGGAUGAAAUCACAGCUCCCACACUAUGGAUUAAGCACUUGGUCAUCAAGGACUCCAAACUGAACAACACCAACAUAAGGAAUUCAGAGAAAGUCCACUCGUGUGACCAGGAACGGCAGAGUGCCCUGGAGGAGGCCCGGCAGAAUCCCCGCGAGGGCAUUGUCAUCCCCGAGUGCGCCCCUGGGGGGCUCUAUAAGCCUGUGCAGUGCCACCAAUCUACCGGCUACUGCUGGUGCGUGCUGGUGGACACGGGGCGCCCACUGCCCGGGACCUCCACACGCUACGUGAUGCCCAGUUGUGAGAGUGACGCCAGGGCCAGAAGUGUGGAGGUGGACGAUCCCUUCAAGGACAGGGAGCUGCCAGGUUGUCCAGAAGGGAAGAAAAUGGAAUUUAUCACCAGCCUACUGGAUGCCCUCACCACUGACAUGGUGCAGGCCAUUAAUUCAGCAGCACCCACUGGAGGUGGGAGGUUCUCAGAGCCGGACCCCAGCCACACCCUGGAGGAGCGAGUGGUGCACUGGUACUUCAGCCAGCUGGACAGCAACAGCAGCAAUGACAUUAACAAGCGGGAGAUGAAGCCCUUCAAGCGCUAUGUGAAGAAGAAAGCUAAGCCCAAGAAAUGUGCCCGGCGUUUCACCGACUACUGUGACCUGAACAAGGACAAGGUCAUCUCACUGCCCGAGCUGAAGGGUUGCCUGGGUGUCAGUAAAGAAGGUGGUAGUCUUGGCAGCUUCCCCCAGGGAAAGCGAGCUGGCACAAACCCAUUCAUAGGCCGCCUCGUCUAAGGAGCAGGAAGCCCAAGGGCAGGUGGAGAGACCAGAGAUACAGGAUGGCUCACGACCCCAACCUCGGCGCUGCCUCGCCCAGCCGCAUCCCCUGUAACAUAAGUGGUGCCCAACGUGUUUGCACUUUUAAUAAUUCGUAUUUGCGUGUUUUCUUUUUGGUUUCAUUUUUAAACACCAAUAUCUAAUACCGGUGGGGAAAGGAAAGGGAAGAAAGACUGUUUAUUCUCUUAUUGUAAGUUUCUUUGGAUCUGCUACUGACAACUUUUAGGUUUUUUUGUUUGUUUUGUUUUGCAGGGGGGAGGGUUUGCUGGGACUGAGAAGAAAGAGAUUUAUAUACUGUAUAUAAAUAUAUAUGUAAAUUGUAUAGUUCUUUUGUACAGGUGUUGGCAUUACUGUUGGUUUACUCUCCUCCCUGUCCCUGCUGUGGGCUGUGGGGGCUCUGGCCCAACUUUCUAGAACCCAGGCCUCGCCCAGCCCACCUGGACUAGGUGUGCAUCUGGGGGAAUUCUGUGAUUAUCCGCAGACUCCAUCGGGUCUUGUGUGGUGGAGGAGCUUCCUGGGGUGUGGCUGGCGGGUCAUCUCACGGUUGGCCUUCUGGGCCACAGAUGGAGCUGCCCCAAGGGAGGGCACAGCCUGCACGCACAGCUCUCCCAAGCCCAGGUGCUCCUGGUCUCCUGACCUUCAGGUGGCUCAGAAUUGGUGGGGCCACCACUAUGCUAGCAAAUUAUCCUUAGAGGGUUUGCACUUAGUCCAUUGAAACAUUCUCACCCAUUUGGCAUCCACUCUGUAAAUCACGAGGGGGAAGCAAAGAAGAAAAAGGCACACAGUGAGGCCUUUUAUUUCAGCGACACUGCCUAUUUUAAGUAGCCAGCAAGAGGCCGGGAAGCCUGUGAGUCAGUGCCGAGACAGGAAGACUUCUCACCUCUGGCAAAGCCACCCCUGAGGCUUCCUGAGAUGUGGCCCUCUCAGGCCUGAGUCAGAGCUGUUCCACCGCGCCCCUCCUCUCUCUCCCCAGCCAUCAUCGCUGGUCGGAGGGAGGAGCUGAGUUGAUCACCGUGUUGGUAACUCAACGAUUUUAUGUUUCUUUUAACCCAAUACUGCGGUUCUUUCUGUUCCCUCAAAUCUUCUCACUGGCAUCCAGGCUUAAGGCCAAUUCCAGAAGCAAAAUUGAUCUUGGGCCUCCUAUUCUGUCCCCCUUAAAAGUGCAGGGCCAAUAACCCAGCUAUGGGGAGAUUCAGGCCCAGCUUGCAACAGACGUUUCACCAGGACUCCAGCAGGGCUGCCCAGCCUUCAAGACAGAUGUGCAGCUUCCUCUGCCCAGGGGACUGUGCUCAUUCAGACACCUCCUGCCCGAGCGACCAGUGACCGUAGCACCUCUUCUCACGAGCUGCCUUGGAGGCCUCCCUGGGGCUGAAGUUGCCCGGACUGGCAUCCUAAUCGGAUUGCCGUUGGAAGCCUGGCCUCAGCGUGGUCUCGCCUCAGUAUUCCCAGAAGCACAUGCACCUGGGCAGACGGUGUAUCCCCUUUCAGGACUGGGAGAUACUGGUGCUAUGAGCAGCAGCCCCCUCCCUCCCCAGACCCUGCUUUGGAGUGUGCCCCACUGGCGGGUGUGGCUCCUCAGGACAUGAUCUGAUGGAGCUCGGGCUGGAGAGGAAGGUGCUUGCUAUUUGGUGAAAGUCCUGGAGGUUGUUUCCCUGGUGACUGGAGGCCCCUUCCAACAUGGUGAGACCUGGACCAGAAAACUCAGUGUGCUGGAGCUGACAUACCUUCCAGAAGAUUCCAGCCCCAUCUCUGGCCUGGAGCAAGCACAAAACACAGAGGAAGUAGAGGAAGUGCCUCCUUGUAGAAAUUCAGAAUCUCCCCAGGCAUCUUCUGCCUCAUAUGUGUGUGUAGACUGUGUGGUAUGGUUUUCCUUUGUGUGGAGGGAGGGAGAUGAUUUGUAGCUUGUUUUAUAAAAAUAAAAAUAGAUAAACCUG